GAAGAGUUGCGACUGUUCGCUACUCCGCUGUUGUGUAAUUAUAUUUUGCUGUCGGCGCUAUUUACCAGUCUAUGAGCUCCAGUGGUAACCUGUAGAUAAACCAACAUAAUGUUUGUCGUCAGAAACGCGCUGCGUCUCGCCUCAAGAAUCUCCACACCAGCGCUUGCCAGAAGAGGAUGCGCCGGCGCUGCGAUACCAGUGGACGACGUUGUGAACGGGCUGACCGAGGAUCAGAUACAGCUGAGGCAGACGGUUCGGAGGUUUUGUGCAGAAAAGCUUGCUCCUUAUGCAGAUGAGAUCGACAAGCAAAAUGAAUUCCCUGGAAUGCGGGAUUUCUGGAAAGACAUGGGGGAGAUGGGACUUCUGGGGAUUACUGCUCCAGUGGAAUAUGGUGGCACAGGAUUGGGCUACCUAGAACAUGUCAUUGUGAUGGAGGAAAUGUCGCGGGUUUCUGCAGCCAUUGCCCUUAGUUACGGAGCUCACUCCAACCUCUGUGUCAAUCAGAUGGUGCGCCAUGCCUCUCAGAAACAGAAGGAGAAGUAUAUGCCUAAGUUGAUGACCGGGGAGCAUGUGGGAGCCCUGGCUAUGAGCGAACCAAAUGCUGGCUCUGAUGUUGUGGCCAUGAAACUGAGAGCUAAGAAAGAAGGUGACUUCUACAUUCUGAAUGGUAACAAAUUCUGGAUUACCAAUGGGCCAGAUGCUGAUCUGCUCAUUGUUUAUGCCAAGACGAAUCCAGAGGCCCAUCAAAGAGGCAUCACAGCUUUCAUUAUUGAAAGGGGCAUGCCAGGAUUUUCUACAGCACAGAAGCUGGACAAGCUUGGCAUGAGGGGAUCCAACACCUGUGAAUUGAUAUUUGAAGACUGCAAGGUCCCAGCGGAGAAUAUCCUUGGUCCUCUGAACAAAGGUGUGUAUGUGAUGAUGAGUGGACUGGACCUGGAGAGACUGGUACUUUCAUCAGGACCUAUUGGCAUCAUGCAGGCGGUCGUGGACUUUGCUGUUCCCUACCUACAUGUCAGAGAAGCUUUUGGACAGAAGAUUGGACAUUUUCAGCUGAUGCAAGGAAAGAUGGCCGACAUGUACACCAGGUUAAGCUCCUGUCGGCAAUACGUCUACAAUGUUGCCAGAGCAUGUGACAAAGGACAUUUUAGUGCCAUGGACUGUGCUGGAGUGAUCCUUUAUUGUGCUGAGAAUGCCACUCAGGUUGCUCUGGAUGGCAUUCAGUGUCUGGGUGGGAAUGGCUACAUCAAUGACUACCCCAUGGGCCGUUUCCUGCGAGAUGCCAAACUGUAUGAAAUUGGUGCGGGUACAAGUGAGGUACGCAGGCUCAUUAUUGGACGAGCCUUCAACAGUAUGUACAAGUAGACGAACUAAAGCAUGGAUUUUUGGGUACUCACUACAAACUGACUGACGUGAUUGUAAUGGAUAAACACACACACACACCGAGAGCCUUAAAUGAUGCUGUAUUAGCCAUAAUGUUGCCGAGUUCUUCAACAUUUCAUUGUGAUUGUCACCUGUUAUUGAGUUAGGGGUCAGACUGAGUAUGUUUUGAAUGCCACAACCUUUUCCAUGAAAUAAGCCUUUCGGUAAUUGAACAUGACUGAAAGGUGAAUCUAUUUGCAAUUGAUUUGGAUUGCUCCAAUUUACUGUCUUGUCAGCUUAAUGAUUAACGGGUAAUAUUUUCAUUUUCAUUACUUUCUAUUCAGCCAGUAAAACACGACUUACAGUUUACUGCUGUAAUAUAAAGUGAAAAGAUAGAACAGAAAAUAAGUGUAUUCAAAGAAUGUAUGUGUAUUCAUACAGUCAUAUCUAAUGCCUCACGCUCCAACAGCAAAAAUAUGAAGGGACAACAUGCAGAAACCAUUUUCAUCCUAGUGUUUGUCAACGUCUGACCUUCAACAGUUGGCCUGCAUUUUUAUCUCAAGCUGUGCAAAUGUUAAGCAUCCUUAAUUACAUGAUUUGGAUAUAUAUUUCGCAAAUUAACUCUAGUUUUAAUUGUCAAUCACUGAAGUUCCAUCUGCUAUCCGUCUGAUACUGGAAAAUUGACUGUAAAAGAGCUACACAAACAGAUUUGCAAUCAAAACCAUGAUGACCGGCAAUAAUGUUGGCCAAGCGGGAAUGUCAGACAUCGAAGAACUAAUUAAUUCUUUUAACACGCUGUACCAUUGUUUUAGAACAAGACACAAUGAAAUGAUGGAGGCCACCUUAUGCAUUAAUGACAAUACAGUAGAGGUAUGAUAAGGGUUUGUCUGUUUUGGAGGGGUUCUUGCUGUUUUUGGCAGAGAUGAGUAAAUUGCAAAUACUGUCCUUGUUUUCUUUCUCUUGUUGCCGACAGAGACCUUUGUUGAACCAUUGCCUGGUACUUACUAUUUUGAGGUUUUAUACGAUAAAAUAUAUGUUGAUGGUCACUUGAUGUUGUGAUGUUAAUAUGUGAGAGCAGUCGAUGACUUCAAAAAGGGUUUCAGUAAGUAGCCACAUUUCAGUCCAAAUAUCUUUAUGCGUGCUCAAUAAUCCAGGUAAGAAAAUCAAAGAAAGUUGAAUCAGUUCAUCUGGAUGCAACGUUUAUUGACAGAUAUGUUUUCAUCACACAUCUAAGUGACCUAAACUGACUGCAGGUAUCCCCACCCUUAUAAACAAUACAGUGGCAUAAUGACCAAAAACAACAAUCAGUUUUGUAUGCAAAUCGCUGUGAGCAUUAACUAGCGUUUCAGUGGCCAUGUGUACUUUUCACAGAGGAUUUGAGAAUGGUUGCAGUCACAGCAUUGUAAGAUGAUGAUCACGACCGAAAUGAAGGGGGAACUAAGAGUACAUCUGUCACCAUGUUACAAUGCUAUGAUUGCAACUUAUUCCCAAAUCCUCUGUGAAUAGUACACAUGGCCAUUGAAACUCUAGUUAAUUGUUCAUCGGUUUAAUUAUCCAUGGAAAUUAACAUAUGAAACCGAUCUUUGUUUAGCGUCGUUAUGCCACUGUAUUGUUUUUUGUUUUUGUUUCUUUUUUCCCCCCGGAUUUUUUCCCUCUUUUUCUCCCCAAUUGUAUCCGGCCAAUUACCCCACUCUUCCAAGCUGUCCCAGUCACUGCUCCACCCCCCUCUGCUGAUCCGAGGAGGGCUGCAGACUACCAUAUGCCUGCCCUGAUACAUAUGGAGUCACCAGCCGCUUCUUUUCACCUGACAGUGAGGAGUUUCACCACAUCCCCACCUAAGGGUGGGGAUACCUGCAGUCAGUUGAGACUGAAGAGGUCACUUAUUAGGUGAGUGAUGAAACGUUUCUCUCAAUAAAUGCUGUGGCCAGAUGAACUGAUUGAACUUUCUUUGACAUUUCAGUCCACUUAUAAUUGUGCGACAUGCAUAAAUAGCCCUCAUGAUCAACACACAAACAGCCUUGAGAUCAAUAUUCCUGUUUCCUGUUACGGAGCUUUGGUCUGUUUUUAGCGGGGGAUCCUGGAUAUAUCAAGAUUGCAGUUUGCUAUGCACAUAUUAGAAUAAUAAAAACACAAUUUACUUUGUCCUCAUUGUACGGUAAAUGUGAGUGUGUUUUUCUGUACAUAACUGAUAGAUGAAUAUAGUUUUUUUUGGUGUUGAUCUUUGUUCAAAAUUUCAUGAGUGACUACAGUAGGAAGUGGAAGGUUUGGGAUUAGCAAAGCAAGGCCGCUAAUAUCAGUGACUAAUUUGAAAAACUGGUUUGUUCGUUUUUGAGAGCAAAACCAUAAAGCUGUUGUAAAACAAAUAAAACUGCCUCAGAGGGAAGGAGGAACUUAA